GCAAACCAAGCUUGAUACCCGAGAUCUUUGCCGUCUUUGCUCGCGUGCCUGACUCUGUUCUGAUCUAAACCUGUCUUACACCGCUCUUGCAAUCUCCUUUUUCUCUUGGGUUGUCUUGGGAUUUUACUCCUCUUUGAUGCCAAUGAUGGCAAGUAUGUAUUCUGUCAGACAAAUGCAUGGUGGCCAUGGCGAAAUAUUUGGAAUAUAAAAGGACGUAGGUCUGCCUCUGCUGGAGCAAAACAUACCCCCAGCUUCCAGCCUCCCAUAUACCUUCAUUUUGUAUCGUCACUCGCUUGCUUCUCUUUUCUACUUCCAACAUGAAGUUCACGAGUCUCUCCCUGCUGACUUUGAUGCUACUUGCCACGGUUAGCGCUCUACCUGCCGCUUCCCCCAAAGACCUCGCCCGUCGCAACAUCCCGCUCAAGCCCAGCGAAGACUCCUUCUACUCCAACCCCGCAGGCUUUGAAUCCGCUGCACCGGGCACGAUCCUCAAGAACCGCGACCUGCCUUCGACAAUUGCCACGCUUGGACUUAUUCCCGCCAACAUCAAGUACACGCAGCAGAUCCUCUACCGGACCACGAACGCGCUCGGAGAUCCGGCGGCCGGUGUGGCGACGAUUUUGAUUCCGUAUAACGCGGAUUACACGAAAUUGUUGUCGUACCAGAUUGCCGAGGACGCGGCGAGUAUCAAUUGCUCUCCGUCCUACGCGCUGCAGUUUGCGUCUGACUCUGGCGGUUUCGCGGGCACGAUCGUGACGCAGCUGGAGUGGCUUAUUAUCCAGGGCACGCUUGAGCAAGGAUGGCCGGUUGUGCUGCCGGAUCAUCUGGGCUUGAACGGUACUUUCCUUGCCAACUACGCGAGCGGGAAGCAUGUUCUUGAUGCUGUGCGCGCGACCUUGGCGUCUCAGUCCUUCUCUGGAAUUGAUCCUGAUGCGAAGGUGGCGCUCUGGGGAUACUCGGGUGGAUCGCUUGCUAGCGCGGCAGCCGCUGAAUUGCGAGACACGUAUGCCCCGGAGCUUGACAAUAUCGUCGCUACCGUUCUUGGAGGUCCUGUCCCGGACAUCGAAAACGCGGUCAAGGUCCUCAACAAGGGUAUCUUUGCGGGACUGAUUCCCAACGGUGUUCUUGGACUCGCGAACGCGUAUCCUGCUUUUGCGCCGAUUAUCCAGGAACACUUGCUUCCGAGUAAGAAGGCCGAGUUCAAUACCGCGUACGACACUUGUCUCGGCGCGUCGGCGCUCAGAUUCAUUCUCCACGACUUGUUUGCUUACUUUGACGACUUUGACGCGCUCUUGGCCAUGGAGGAGAUCCAAACUGUCCUGACCGCGAACGACCUUGGCCACGCUAUUCCCACGAUCCCUAUCUACAUGUACAAGUCGAUCCUCGACGAGAUUGACGGGAUUGGCUACACGGACAAGCUCUACAAGACAUACUGCAACGGUGGCGCGAAGGUCAAGUACGUGCGUGACCUGAUUUCCGAGCACGGCACGCUGGCGGCGUUUGGCGCGCCCAAAGCCUUGACAUUCUUGGCGAAGGCGUUCAGAGGCGAGACCGUGGUGACAAAGUGCACAAAGACAAACACGCUGUCGUCGUUGUUGGAUAUCUCGACUGCGACUAUCGUGCCUGAUUUCUUGAAGGAUACGAUUUUGGAUUUGUUGUAUAAGCCGGUUGGACCGUUCUUGAUUGGUUAGAAUGGGAGAUGUGUAAAGUGGGAUUACUUCGUGUUGGAUUGUCAUCUACUUCUUAAAAUGCCCACUUUCGAGUGCAAAUUGUUCAGUGUCUCAUUCACUAGAUGCCCGAAUCAAUAAAUUACCGUAAUAACUAUAAUAUUAACCACCUGAAGAAUGUUUAGUCUGAUUGUUGAGGGUUUUCUUUAAUUUCUUUGCUUUCACCAUUCUUUCACAUGUCUUUUGAUGUCUUGAAAGCAGAGUGUUGGGUGUACGAUUUUGUCUGUCUUCUUUCUUUAAAAGGAGACGAAGAC